CGUCGUACGUGUGAAGUAGCUCGCCUGCUGUGCUGGCCGCCAUGAAGAAGAGCAGCAAAGGUAACGCCAAGCAUGUCAAGGGCUCGCUCUGCCUCGUCACGCCUCUCCUUCUUGCGGCGUUCUUCUACCUGCAGUUCCAGACGCUCGGCGUCUUCUCCCACAUCUUCCGGUGCGCCGGACGGUCAGCGGCCAUCGGCGACGUCGACUACGUCGACCGACUCCGCGCAUCGGUCACGUUCCUCCCGCUGAAGGACACACGGGAGUGGGCGGAAACGUGGUUCAUCAGCACCCUCGACGACACGUCCGAGCCGGAGGGCGAGGCCAAGAGCCUCGUCUUCCCGUCCGCGGCCUCCGCCGGCCGCCUCCUCUGCUUGUCGGCGCCGUCGCGCCGCGACGGGACCAAGAACGCGUACGCGCUCGCGUGGCGCGACGCGCUCCCCGACGGCGCGGAGCUCCGGCCGGGGCUCGCGUACGUGUCCGAGACGGCGUACGACCACAGCAACCUGUGGCACGGCAUCUCGGCGCUCAUCCCGUUCGCGUCGUGGCACGCGAGGAGCGGGUGCAGGUCGCGGCCGGCGAGGUGGGCGCUGUUCCACCACGGCGAGGUGAGGCUGGGGAUGAGCCCGUGGCUGACGUCGCUGGCCGAGGCGACCACCGGCGUGGAGAUGGUCGUCGAGACGUUCAACGCGUCCGACGUCCCCGUGUGCUUCGAGGAGGCCGUGGUGUUCAGGAGGAACAUGGCCGGGAUGACCCGGGAGCGGCUUCUCGCGGCGUUCGACUUCAUGCGGUGCAAGGCCAGGGCGCAGUGCGGCGUGGACCCCCCGCCCAACGGCGACACCUCCGCCGUGCGCGUCACCAUCCUGUUCCGCACCGGCGCGCGGGCGUUCAAGGACGAGGCCGCCGUCACGCGCGUGUUCCAGAAGGAGUGCGCGCGCGUCGCCGGCUGCUCGCUCACCACGGCACGCUCCGACGACCUGACCUUCUGCGACCAGGUGAAGCUGCUGAGCGGGACGGACGUGCUGAUCUCGUCGCACGGGGCGCAGAUGACGAACCUGGUGUUCAUGGACAGGAACAGCAGCAUCAUGGAGUUCUACCCCAAGGGCUGGCGGGAGAGGGCGGGAGGAGGGCAGUUCGUGUACCGGUGGGGCGCCGACCGGGCGGGGCUACGGCACGAGGGCUCGUGGUGGGAUCCCCACGGCGACCCCUGCCCCGGCUCGCCGGACAUCCUCAGCUGCUACAAAAACCGCCAGAUCGGCCACGACGAGGCCUACUUCGCGCAGUGGGCGGCCAGGGUGUUCGCGGCUGCCAAGGAGCGCAAGGCCGGCCUCGCCGCCGGCGAUGCGUCCAAGCGGCGGCGGGGGGCAGCGACCUGCCAUUGCAGCUAGCUGAACUAAACUGCUUAUAGUGUACGUUGGUGGCAGUGCAGGGAAUACAUGAUCAUUCAAGGUCUGAUCAACUAUGUUAUACAUACAUUAUACGUGUAUAUCUGAAUAAGCGGCCUGAAAAAUGCAAGUGUAGCUCUUGAUCCGAGCGUUUUUUUGGGUG